UUUAACUGUUGUGUGGCAGUGCACAACCUAACUCCUGGAUAUGGCAGGUCUCUGUUGUCUCGAGAUCCUGCUACUCUGGGCUUGGAUCAUCGUUAUGGCCAGCUUCUGCUCUCCAGCCUCAACACCAUUGAUGUAUUAUAAGGAAGUCACAACACAAGCCCCCUCAUCUGUAAAGUAUAUUUCAACUCCCUUACCUCCACGCACUGCCACAAAUUCCAAUUUACCUCCAGGAACUGGUUUAUCUGUCACCACCUCAACUCCACGCACCAUGACAGUCGCCACUGUCAUGCCUUCAGACAGGCCAACAACUCCACGCACCAUGACAGUCGCCACUGUCAUGCCUUCAGACAGGCCAACAACUCCACGCACCAUGACAGUCGCCACUGUCAAGCCUUCAGACACCCAAAAAACUACCCACAAACUUCCACUCACUUCGCCAUCAAACUCCCCAAUUACAGCACUCAGUUCAACUACCAUAUCUGCCACUCCUGCAAGCACCCCACCCUCAAACGCAAUCAGCAAUCAACAAGACUCUCAGACAAACACCUCUCAAAACCAGACUCAACCUCCAAUCACCACACCCACUACCACAAUGAGCCUCACUACCAACGCCUCAACACAAGGUCCCUCAUCUGGAAAGUGUUCUUACACUGUCACACCCAUAAAGACUGGCUUCAGGAUUAAGAUGAUAAACUUUACUGAUGGCAACUACAGCAUAAAGUAUAACGAAAAGGGACAAAGCAAACCAACCCCGCAGAGCUUCAGUGGAAGCUCUUAUGAGAUUAAACACCUGAAGCCGUGCACUGAAUAUGAGCUUAGUGUUGCGUUUAUUGACACUACUAACAACGAGGCGUCUUGUAUUAGUAGCGCUGAGAGUAAAUAUAGGACAACUGGAAUAAGUAAAGAUGACAUUACAGAAGUUGACUGCAUGCGUGGAUAUGUUUGUUACCAGAGUGAUUGGGACAUCAGCUCUUCCCUGUCAAUAUCUAAUAAUAUCUCAGCUGAACCUUGUAAAAGUGACAAGAAGAAAGUCUGCUUUAAACCUGGUUACAACGACAUUUGCACGACUUUGACUGCAACCUUCACUUCUGAAAGCUGUGCUGAAAUCCAUUUAGCGUCUCCAGUAAAAUCACUGUUGCAAAGUUUUUAAAUCCAAGCGAAAUACCUCAGACAGCUCCAACUGGACUUCCUUCAAAAAUA